AUAAAAUGGAACCAGAGAUUCCUGCAAAAGAUGCCUAUAAUUUUGUGUAUUUCACCUUCCUUGCAUUAGGAAUGGCAAUCUUACUGCCUUGGAGCUCCUUGGUAACAGCACUGGAUUAUUUUAUUGUCAAACUCCCAGGUCAUGAUGUUGAUUUCGUGGUAUCAAUCUUAUCCAAUGGGCCUUUCUUUGCUACUAAUGUACUGAUGAUCAUUUUUGGGAAAUGGUUUGGAGUUAAAAGAGUGGUUGGUAUUUGAAUGAUGCUGAUGAUGGUACUCACCUUGGCAUUACCCCUGAUCCCACAGGUUGCUGGUAGUGAAAGUGCUUGGAUAUGGGUAGUCAGUAUUAUCAUCACAAUAUCUGCAGUCAAUGGAGUCAUGCAGUGAUGAGCGUAUGGACUUGCGGGGUCAUUGGCAGAUCAUAAUAUAGCAACUUUAAAUACAGGUAUAGGCCUGAGCGGACUUACUGUAAGCAUUGCUAGAGCGAUAUCUCUGGUUUUCUUCCCUACAGAUGGAACAUCAGAAAACGAAAAUUUCUUCUAUGGUGCUAUUAUGUACUUUGCAAUAGGUGGCGUUUUCUUGAUUAUUGGGGUAAUCUUGCUUGUGAUUCUUCCCAAAACAAGAUAUUAUCAAUACCAUAUUGACGAAGAAGAAGAUAAAGAAUAUCUGGCCUGUCUAGGACGUGGUGAUUCUCCGGUUACAACUCCACUAUUACCAGAUAAUUCAUAUAAAAACGUUGAAUCGUUUUCCCACAUGAUGAAGAUCCACAAUGAGCUCUUAAUCACUGGCUACGGGUUUACAUUUAUUUAUAUCCAGACUUUUUGAGUAUAUCCUGCUGUAUUAUUAAAAGGUAACCUUUCCUUCCUUAACUCAAAGUCUUGGGAAGUAUGGCUUAUCAUCACUAUUUUCUGCCUCAUGGAUACUAUUUCACGGAUUAUUUCUGAAAAAUUGAUGCUUUUGACACACAAGACUACAGCUCUCUUCACUAUGCUCCGGUGGGUCCCGAUCAUAUUCUGAUUCUUUUCAGCCUAUGAGGUCCCUUUCUUCAGCCUAGAUGCAUUCAAGUUGGUAAAUCUAGUGAUUAUUGGGUUUUCGAAUGGGUAUAUUGGUAACUGCCAGAUCAUGGUGAGUGUAGAUAAAGCUAGUGCUGAAGAGAAAGAAAUCACCGCCAAGUUCUUAUCAGCAUUUAGAAUUUUGGGUGUAUUAGUAGGAAGCCUGGUGUCUUCAUUUGGAAUCGUUCAUAUGUUUUAG